AUGAUUAUAUAUUGCACAAUCUUUUUGUUUUACGCCAAUUUGGGUUGUGCACUUAACAAGGAUGUAAUCCAACCAGACCCUGUGAUAGUUACACAACUGGGAAGAAGUGUAUCAGUAAAUUGCUUUUGUCGAUCUAAUUUGAUCAGUGUCUCUUGGUACAAGCAAACUGUUGGACAGAAGCCUCUUCUCAUGGCAUCAUCAUAUUAUGGGACUGAAAAUAGUUUUUAUUUCAACAACUUUAAAGAGGACUUUACUGAGACUAAACAUUUGAGUGUGAAGAGAGGAUUUGACAGCUGUAACCUGACCAUCUCCAAGACGGAGUCAGGGGACUCAGCUACAUACUACUGUGUUAGUUUGUCAGCGAGGGAAGCCACAUUUGGAGAAGGAACUGUUUUAAUUGUCAAAGAUUCAGGGUCCAACUGCAUGUCUCUGCUCCAGAUGCCUGUGUCUGAGUCAGUCCAGCCAGGAAACUCUGUAACUCUGAACUGUACAAUAAACAUUGAGACCUGUGCAGGAGAACACAGUGUCUAUUGGUACAGACAUGGCUCAGGAAAAUCUCAUCCAGGAAUCAUUUACACCCAUGGAGACAGGAAUGAUCAGUGUGAGAAGAGCCCUGAGGCUGGGUCUCUUACACAGAGCUGUGUCUACAACCUCCCCAAGAGGAACCUCAGCCUCUCUGAUGCUGGGACUUACUACUGUGCUGUGGCCUCAUGUGGGGAAAUACUAUUUGGGAACGGGACCAAGCUGGAAAUUGACUAUGGUUGUAAUGAGGACCAUCUUCUCUUGGUGUACUAUCUGGGUGUAGCGUUGGCUCUUUGUGUCAUCCUCAUCAUUGUCCUUGGUUGUGUUUUGUAUAAGAUGACCAAGAAAACCUCUCUGCUGUCCAGAGGAAAGCAUCCUCAGCCAAGUGGUCCGACAAUCCACAGUUCGCAUCACCAGGAUCAAGAAGAUAACGACACACUCACGUCGGUCCAUUACGCUGCUCUGAAUGUCAUCCACAAGAAGCCAAAGACCCGGAGACAGAAGAGCGCCAUGGAGAGAGACACUGUGUACUCUGGGGUGAGGUGCCAAAACACGGACUGA